AUGGAUUUCCCCGAUUCAGAUCGCCUCACUUCAGGUGCAACACCCUUUCCCGAUUUGAUGAAUGAUCCGGCUUUAGAUGAGAGGGAGAGGGGACUGGAAGACGUGGACACUUGUCGGAUCUGCCAUGGAGAAGGUACUCCGGAGGAGCCGCUAUUCUAUCCUUGCAAGUGCAGUGGAAGUAUCAAGUUCGUCCAUCAAAGCUGUCUGGUAGAAUGGCUUGCACAUUCACAAAAGAAGCACUGUGAGCUUUGCAAAACGCCAUUUCGCUUUACCAAACUAUACGACCCGAACAUGCCUCAGAGCCUCCCGACACCGCUCUUCAUCAAGCAGGCCGUUAUACAGUGUUUCCACACCCUCGUCACUUGGAUGCGAUUCGUCCUCGUGGCCUUCGUUUGGCUAGGAUGGCUACCGUGGUCCAUGCGGGCAAUCUGGCGAGCAUUGUUCUGGCUAGCAGAUGGUCACUGGUCCGCCACGGGAGCCGCCGCCCAGCAGCGGGCAGCACAUGCUGCCCAAACAGCUGGUACGCAGUUAUUAUCCAAUGGUACUGCCGCUGCUGCGACUGCGCUCAACUCGGCCACUUCAGGAGCUUCUAGUGCUAUGCCGUCCGCCGCAACAGUAGUACCCUCCACCGGGGAUCCACUGAUGCUUACGCUCAUCAAAAAAAUCAUCCCCAGUCUCUUCAUACCCGCAUUAACUGGUGGCACCGGCCAGAACGGCUCGAAUUCGAACAGUACACUCGUUUCGCCAAAGGCUCGAUAUCCGUCCUGGCUUUCCGACGUGAAGUUCCUGAACACAUUGACACCCUAUCCGACAAUCAAUAACAUGAUCAUCGAUACCCUCGAAGGGCAGCUCAUCACUCUAUUGGUCGUAAUUGCAUUCAUACUACUUUUCCUGAUCCGAGAGUGGGUAGUACAGCAACAGCCAAUGGCAAACAUUGCAGAGGGGGAACGUGAGGCAGCUCUACGGCUUAUUGCGAACGACCGGCCCGAGGAACAACAGCGACAACAGAUACAACCACUAGAUUUUGCUCCCGCUCAUCCGAACGUUGACUUUGGUGGUCUCCAAAACGAUCACCAAGCCCAAGAAGCUGAUGACGAUAUUCCCCUUCGAUUUGGCAAUCAUUCACCUGCUCCAUCUUUAACAGAUUCUGAUGAUGGACAACCCAUCCUCGAACGACAUGCUGGACCUAACAAUCGAUUUGCUUUUGAAGAUGAGCUUGCCGACGAUCCCGACGCCCCGCAUCAGCGGCGGGCAUUGUACGAAAAUGUCGUAGCCAACUGGCCGGGUGACCGAGAUGCAAUGUUCCGAGCCUUCCAGGAGCAAGAACAUGCAGACCGACCGAUGAGCAUUCCAGAGCUUCUUCAGGGAUUGGGCAUGAAUGAAUUACGCGAUCAAGAUCAUGCAAAUGCUCCCAAUGCAGAAGAUGCUAUGCGAGCACACAACCCUCUCCCUGCGCCAACUGGCCCCAUUGCCGAAUUGCCGGCCCAACCUGAAGACUUCCCCAACGAUCCGAACCCAGCAAGCGAAACCCCAGCAAAUGGACAAACCGCGCCGACUAUUGGCCAACUGGAAAACCAUCAACCACCAACUGGAAUUUCUGAGAGACUCGUAAACUGGUUCUGGGGUGACGUUACGCUUGAUGACACAGACCUUGACGAGGCGGUACCAGAAGAUGAUGAGCAAAUUAUUCAGGACCCUGCCUUGGAAGAUCCAUUCGUACCCGUUAUGAACAACAGAGUGCAGGAUCCAGUGGAUGAUGGACCUCCCGGCGGAGGCGCUCCGGCGGGUGAUCCUGGCCUCGAUCCUAAUGAUAUGGAUGCCAUCGAAGGCGAUGACUUUGAGGGGAUCAUGGAUCUCAUUGGCAUGCAAGGACCUAUCUUUGGACUUUUGCAAAACGGAGUCUUUUGCGCACUUCUCAUCGCUUUCACUGUGGCCAUUGGGAUCUGGCUUCCUUACCUUUGGGGUAAAAUCGCCUUGGUAUUGCUGGCUAACCCUCUAGAGCUUAUUGUCGGUGUUCCUAUGACUGCCAUCUCCGUUGUCGCGGAUAUCGCUUUGGACACCCUGAUUGGGGUACUUGGCUACCUGAUGUAUUGGUUCAGCUUCAUUUUCAAGGUGCUGUUGAGCCCCCUCGGGGCGCUAGUUCCGCUUGGGGAAUGGAUCCCGCGAGGUAAAUCCGUCACUAGCGCUUCUCUGACCCUGAUUGAUGCCAGUACCAAUCGCCUCAACAAGGUGAUGAAAGCAUUCCUUGUCUUCCACGACUCCGAUAUUCCCAUGUUUUCUGUGAUUUCCCACCAGGCGUUGAAGCUACACCAGGCUCGACUCUCUACAUUGGUUCAUUCCGUGUAUGACGUGGUGAAAUUUGUCUUGCACGAUUUCCCAUUACGUCUGGUCACCCUAGGCGUUCCAGGUGCUUUAUCAUUUGACUUUGACUUCACGCAAAUACAGCAGGCCGUAGUUCAGCUACAGGGCCAAGUCGGCAACUUCACGAAGUCAAUCAUGUUUUCCGCCCCUGGCGCGAAGUUACUCAAUGCCGACGCAGUCAAUGCGGCGUCCGCGAAGCUACCUGUUGAUUAUGACCUUGCAGUGUGGGACACCAAAGACCGCAUCAUUGCCAUAUCAAUGGGCUACCUACUGGCUAGUAUGAUGGGAUUCCUUUAUCUUCGGGUCACGGGCCUGCUAGCAGGGACAAAUCGAGGUCAGCGAAUCGAGGGCAUGGUUGCUGAGGUCUUGCUACAAGCCGGAGGCGUGAUGAAGGUCAUCCUUAUCAUUGGCAUUGAGAUGAUCGUCUUUCCUUUAUACUGCGGCACCCUCCUUGACAUCGCGCUGCUCCCUCUAUUUUCUAAUGCGACAAUUUCCUCCCGCAUUGCAUUCACCAUCGCCUCCCCGCUUACUUCCCUCUUCGUUCACUGGUUCGUUGGCACGUGCUAUAUGUUUCACUUCGCACUCUUUGUGUCCAUGUGCCGAAAGAUCCUGAGAAGUGGCGUUCUUUAUUUCAUUCGUGAUCCGGAUGACCCAACCUUCCACCCCAUUCGUGAUGUUCUAGAACGCACCAUCACUACACAGCUUCGCAAAAUUGGGUUCAGUGCCCUUGUCUACGGCGCCUUGGUUAUCGUCUGCCUCGGAGGGGUCGUUUGGGGCCUUCAUUUCGCAUUCGAUGGAAUCCUCCCAAUCCAUUGGUCGGCCAGUGCCCCCAUGCUCGAGUUUCCCGUCGAUCUACUCUUCUACAAUUUCGUCAUGCCGCUGGCAAUCCAGUUUGUCAAGCCUUCAGAUGGGUUGCACGAGCUAUAUGACUGGUGGUUCCACAAGUGCGCACACUUCCUGCGUCUCAGUAACUUCCUUUUCACUGAUCGCCACCGAGAGGAGGAGGGCCGGCAUGUCCUGCGUAGCUGGUGGGGUCUCCUGCUCGGAAGCAAGGGUGACUGGGAACACCCCGUCGUCGGCGAGGAGCAACAGGCUAUUGCGGAGAAGGAAAACCGCGAUGCCUACUUCCUGCGAGACGGGCGAUUUGUGGGAGCUCCUGCUUCGGAUCAGGUUCGCAUCCCGAAAGGCAACCUCGUUUUUUGGGAGAUGUCCGAUGGUAGAUGGGGUCCUGAGGGGGAGUGGGAAUCCGAGGAUGGUGAACGCCCUCGUUUCAGGGAAUCAUACACCUUGACCUACAUCCCGCCAUCGUUCCGGACUCGCAUUGCAGCCUUUAUUCUUCUCAUCUGGCUGUUUGCUGCGACCACCGGCGUAGGCAUCACCAUUAUUCCGCUGGUCAUUGGUCGUCGGAUUAUCUCGAUUUGCCUUGGAAGCCCUGUCCCGGUGAACGAUAUUUACGCUUUCUCGAGUGGGCUGUGUGUGGUUGGCGGUCUGGCAUAUACUGUUCACUACUGCCACAAGGGUAUCCAAUUCUUGCGAGAGAACGCUGGCACCUACCUCCAGUCUCCCGGACAAUUGAUCGAGGCCUGCAGCAAUCUGUCUGUGCACGCUGCCCGUCUUGCAUAUAUCGCCACCGCCUUGGUGGUGGUACUUCCGACCCUCUUUGCGCUCCUUACUGAGCUAUACAUUUUGAUUCCCGCCCACACCUUGCUCGGAGACGGACAGUCACACGUCGUGCAUGUCAUUCAGGACUGGACUCUGGGAGUUCUUUACGUUCAGAUGGCAAUCAAACUGACAGUGUGGCACCCACGAUCCUGGGCGGCAGCGGUGAUGAACGGAAUUUUCCGCGACGGCUGGCUACGACCUAAUGUGCAGCUGGCGACCCGCGCUCUCAUCCUGCCGUUAUCGCUAUUUACUGUGGCGGCGGUUAUCGUUCCGUUGACGCUAGGUGGAAUUCUUCGAUGGACCCUUUUCUACGCACGAGUCGAGGCGCAGUCACACGUUUAUCGAUAUGCUUACCCCGCGACUCUGUUAGUGGUGCUUGCCGCGUGGACUAUCCACCUCGUUCGUCGUCGGGUAGCGCUCUGGCGGAUCAACAUCCGCGACGACGUCUACUUGAUUGGCGAGCGAUUACACAAUUUCAGUGAGAAGCGAGCGCGCGAUGUGGGAGUAUCGCGACGAGUGAUCACUGGGUGA